AUGUCACGAUUUGCAAUUUGUAAUCUUGAUAGAGUUGAAAAAGAAUUUAUGUGGAGCGUUUGUGGCCUGCAAAAUUUUGAAUUCCCUUCAAAUUGUUAUGUGAAAACUGAAAACUUUCCUUUGGAAAAUAGUGACGAAUCAUGGUUCAUUAAGCUGAUGAAAGAUGGUAGAAAUUUAUCAUUCUCUUUCGAAUGCGAAAAUCUUCCAAGCUUCGUCGCCAACUUCGAAGUUAAAAUUGUCGCUGAUCAAGGGCGAGAAUUGUGCAUAGAACAAGUGAUGUUUUCACCGGAUUUCUGCUCGAAACAUUUCUAUAUCAAUGAUUCAACAAUGGUGGUUAAAUUCAAAGUUUGUUAUGAAAUCAUCAAAUCAGUUAAAGUAAAGGAAACUGAUGCAAAUGGGAUCACCAACGAAACUUAUAUGGAUAACUUCAGCAACAAAACUGAUCCAAAUGCAUUCAACAACGAAACUGAUCCAAACGCGAUCAGCAACGAAGUUUACUCAAAUGCGUUCAGCAAUGAAACUGAUACAAACGCGGUCAGCAACGAAGUUUACUCAAAUAACUUCAACAACGAAGUUUACCCAAAUGCGUUCAACAACGAAAUUUAUCCAAAUGGACUCAGUAACGGAACUGAUCCAAACGCGGUCAGCAACGAAGUUUACUCAAAUGCGUUCAGCAACGAAACUGAUCCAAACGCGGUCAGCCACGAAGUUUACUCAAAUGCGUUCAGCAAUGAAACUCCUGGCACUUCUUCAGAAGAUGAAGUUAUUGUCAUCGAAGAUGAUGACUCGGAUGAUGAUUGGAAUGUUAUCUCAAUGAAUGAAUCAGUUGAUGGAAAUAUUCAUGAUGAAGAAAACAACACUGCAAACGAAGACGGCCAUCAGACAACAAUUGAUGAUGGCGAAGAAGAAGAAUUUUUUACAGAAGAUCAAUUCACGAUUCUCAAUGCUUCCUCAAUCGAAGAAACUUCAUCAGUUGAAGAAGAAUCGGAAGAACAAGCAGCAAUGAUCAACGAUCCUCGAACAAAUCAUCAUAUUGAGAAAGCAUUUGAAAAAAUUCCAGCAUUCCUUGAUAUUAUCAAUAAUGAAACACCGGAAAAAUGGGAACAUCUACAAAAUUUAUGGAGAGACUUCGGCGAUGUGGGGCUGCCAAAAGAGGUUCUCAAUGUUUGGGAAACCGCUUUGUCCGACCACAUAACUUUAGAAAAUUUCUUUAAUAUGUUUACAUUAGCUUACAUUUGCAAAUUUGAAAAAUUGAAGGAAUUUAUCAUCACCGAUUUCAUUUCUGAAUAUGAAAAUGAAUAUGAAGAGCUGUUUAACUCAGAUGGUUGGAAGGAGUUAGAAUCAGGAGAGAAUCGUUGUCACGUGGUCUUCGAUUUUGUUAGAAAAUUCAGAGAAUGCUAUGAAUUUCUAUGA